CACACGCACACACACACACACACAUUCCCAUCGACAAUCAUAGAACAUCACGUCAGUGCCUAGUAGUGUUGCAUCAGAGGAAAGGAUGGAGAAGCACACGAUCCGGAUUGUUGCGCUCGCCCUGUUAUCUGUACACCUCCUAUGCUCCGCCACCAUAGCGCAAUGCCAAACCAUCACGGCCGGCGUGGACAACGACGAUAUUCCUGAAGUGAGCUAUAGUUGCAAGAAAAAGUGCUCCUUCUUCAAUUGUUGCGCAUGUUGUAUUCUUACUGACUGGUGCCACACAACUUUCCCAAGGUGCGCUAGAAACUGCGGGGAACCCUUCUCGCAUUCUGAUGAAAUGCUAGCCGCGGCGACGGUGACCUCCGAAACUAUGCCGACCAGGUCUGCAGUACACACAGAUAUCUUCAUGCGAGGCGUCGUCCCAAAUGAGUUCGGCAAUUGUCGUGUUUAGUAUAGCAUCGUUGCGGUGACCCCUGCCCCUCUACCCGUCUAGGCGAAUUCAUUUACUUGUCCCUUAAGGCAAUUGUAAUGCGUGAUGUGUGGAGAAAUAAGUGUGCAAUAUCCUAAAUAGCUGUUGUAGUUUUAUUUGUCAUAUUUUGUUUGAAAUUUUUUAUUUCCAA